UUUUAGAUUUUUUGUUAAAAGUACAAAUUUCAACGGAGCAUAAUAGUCAGUAAAUGGAGGAUUUUAAAGAUUUCACAGAAGUUACACAAUUUACAAAUGUUCAAUAUCUCGGUUGCUCACAGCUGGUCAAUAAUGAUAAUGACAAUGAGAUGAAAGCACUGAUGAAGGUGCUCGAUGAGCAGAAAGGAGCACAAACAAUUAACGUCACCCUAGUUGUUCCGCAUAAUAUUUCUGGCACAGUGAAAUUGAUUGAUGCACAAGGGAAAGUGCUUUCUUCGUUUUCACUUGUCAAUAUUCGAUUUUGCAUUCGUGGAGAAAGCUCCACUUCACAAAAUAAUUGCUUUGGAAUUUCAUUUACUCAUAAGAUUAGUGUAGGAGAGCAUAACUCAUCAGAUAUUCUACAUCAGUGUCAUGUUUUUCGGACAAGUAAAGCUGAAACGGCGGCCAAAGCCCUUUACUCAUUCUCCUACGCAUUCUCCAACAAAAAUGUGUCAUCUGAAUCGAACCGGUUAGAAUUUCAAUUUGAAAGUAUUUUGGAGGUCAAAGAGAACGAUGGAACUGUUGAGAAGCCCAGCUGGAAACUGUGUCCUCAACAUAAUGGGGUGUUCAAAGUGCGACGAGAUCGAGAGAAGAAGAUUGUUGUUCAGUUGAGACAGAUUGACGGAUUUCUUCUUAACAUUAAAAAAUGUUUCGGAAUGUUAUUGGCAGCAGGGAGGAACUUGAGACACUCAGAUUUACAAUUGCUAGAAAUGGAUAGAAAUGCAACAGGCACUGACUCAGCCGUAUUCGUGAUCGAAGCCAAUUGGGAUCCGCGUGUGCACAUGUUCGAAGUGUUAAACACGGAGACGCCGAGAGACACACGAGUGUUCAUGACAGUGGCGAUUGAUGUUAUUGUCUCGGAAAUCAGUGAACCAAUUCGAUUCUCGAUGGAAGCAAUGUCACGUGUUUUUCAUGAACACGAACGAUUCUAUAAAACACCACAAACGGUGGUUUCUGAGGAAUUUACACUAGUUUUGGAGAAAAGCUGCGAUCAAUCGGAUCCCAACGACCGGAAGCUUACGUUCAUCUCACUGGAAUCGGAUAGCGAUCGUAAAAGAUCAAAGCAAAAUCUUGGCAAGAGCCCAUCCAGAAUGCCCACACAACUUUUGCAUCCAACAGGCGAUGAUGAAUCAGAUUGUGACGAACCAUUGUUGUCGGGCUCGGGAAAAGUUUCACAGGAGUGCAAGGAGGAGCACUUGGAGAUGUGGGAUCAGUUGAUUGAGAACUGGGAUCAGCAGAGUGAUCGGCCGCAGAAAAUAUCGGAACUUGUGUUGGAUGGGAUUCCGGAUAAGCUUCGUGGACGUGUCUGGCAACUUUUAUCAAAUGCGAUUGACCAACCUGACCUUGUGGAAAAGUACCACAUUUUCUUAUCGCAACCAUGUCCUUCUGAACAAGUAAUUAUGAGAGACAUCCAUCGGACAUUCCCGGCUCACGACUAUUUCAAAGAAUCUCAAGGAAAAGGGCAACAGUCGCUGUACAAAAUCAGCAAAGUCUACUCCCUCUACGACGAGGAGGUGUCCUACUGUCAAGGGCUCUCAUUUCUGGCAGCCAGUUUAUUGUUGCACAUGCCGGAAGAGCAAGCGUUUUGCACACUUGUCAAAAUUAUGUUUAAUUAUGGAUUGCGUGAUUUGUUUAAGCUGGGAUUUGACAAUCUGCAUUUGCGCUUUUUUCAACUUACCGCUUUAUUGAAGGAUUAUAUACCUGAUCUUUCGCAUCACUUGGAACAUAUCGGCAUUGAAACACAUAUGUACGCAUCUCAAUGGUUUUUGACGCUUUUCACCGCAAAAUUCCCACUUCAAAUGGUGUUUUUCAUUUUGGAUUUAUUUUUGAGUCAGGGAAUGAACACGAUCUUCCAUAUAUCACUUGCAUUGCUCGAUGAUGCAAAGACCGAUCUUUUGCAGUUAGAUUUUGAGGGAACCCUAAAAUACUUCCGUGUGUCCCUUCCCCGCAAAUACCGUACCGAGGCGUCGACCAAGUGCCUGAUUCAUAAAGCCGUGAAAUUCCGUUUGAAUCAUAGCAAACUCGAAGUUUACGAAAAUGAAUAUAAACGCAUUAAGGAACUGGAACGGGAAAAUGAAGACCCUGUGUUGAGGAUGGAGAAAGAAAUUGGCCGUCACCAAGCGAACACUUUACGCCUCGAGCGGGAAAACGACGACCUGGCACAUGAGCUGGUGACCAGUAAAAUCGAACUUCGACGAAAAUUGGACGUAGCUGAAGAUCAAAUUGAAACGUCUGCAAACGCGAUUGAACGGCUCACACGACAAAAUAUGGACAUCUUGGAGGAGAAUAAGAAUUUGAUGAGAGAAUACGAGCAAAUCAAGGAAAUGUACAGACGGGAUGUGCUGAGGUUGGAAGAGAAUGGCUCGAGAGCCGAGAAACUGCUGGCGGAGUAUAAGAAGCUGUUUUCGGAGAGGAGUAAACGAGCCGAGAAUGAGAGGGAACACUUUGAGGUGCAGAAGAAGGCGAUUAUUGCAAGAAUCUCCGACUGCGACAAAUGCUGGCCAGCAGUUUGUGAAUGGGAGAAGAAUCGGAGUCCAGUGCAUUCGGCUUCCACACCAACCGGACCAGAUUUGCUCACGAAAUUGGAGGAACGAGAAGAUCAUAUCAAAAAUCUCGAAAUCGAUCUGGCACAAACGAAACUAUCAUUGGUGGAAGCCGAGUGCCGCAAUCAAGAUUUGACGCAUCAGUUGAUGGCUCAAAGUGAAAGUGAUGGGAAGAAAUGGUUCAAGAAAACAAUCACGCAGUUGAAGGAAGUUGGUAGCUCGUUGAAGCAUCAUGAACGAUCGAAUAGCUCAGUGACGCCGUGAACAAAUUUUAAAUUGGUCAUAAUUUAUUUAUUUAUUUUUAUCUGCUUUGUGAAUAUAUUUAAAUGAAAAGUUUCAGAUUUUUAUUAAAU